AUGUCUAGCAGCUGCGCUGUCUAGCAGGUUGCGCAGGGUUCGGGCUAGUUAGUCGAUUUUUACGCGUACUACCGACUGCACGUUCAUUGGUUUGGUUGGUUCAGUCUGACAUUGCAAUCUUCUGCAACCUGGCGGAAAAUUUAUGGCGUUAGGAUAGGUGAGGUGAGCCUUGCUCAAAACGACGACGGCGAAAAGCCAAGAAAAGAGUGUGCGAGAUCGAUUUCAGCGGAAUUCGUUACGGCGAUCGUGCAAUUUCCUUGCGUUUGAUUAACUUAAAAUGGUUUUGUUGAUUAAAGAUCGAUUGUCGUAAGCGUUUGAAAGUAGCGCUUAGUGAGCUGGAGUGCGGCCAAGUGAUGAGUUUUUGGCGCAUUUUUUAAUUUCAAUUUCGAAAUAGGUUUCGCGCGAAAUCGAAGCCUGUGGAGUGAUUUAAAUUCGACCCAGGGUCGGUAGCUAGAGUGUUAACAGAGUGCCGUAUUUUAGCUGUCGAUUUUGGCUUGUGAUCACGGUUUUGUGGAUUGUGAAGCAUUAUUUUGAAAAAAGUUCUAGUGAAAUCCAAAAGUAAAACAAACGAAAACGUUGCACUGUCGUGUGGUCACGAGACACGAGUGGAGUGUAUCAGAAAUUUCGGAGUGAAACUAAAAAAAAAUAAAUAAAAUAAAUUAAAGUAUAAUCAAAGGAUUUAGUUGUGUAUACUUGAGUGUGUAAUCCAGGUGUUCUGUUUUUUGGAGCUUCCUCCACAGUGUGUGUGUCCUCUGCCUGAAGGCUUCAACCGAUCUCACCACCAACGGUUCCUAGUGGAAGGGAGGCCCCGGGGGCCUUAGUGCGAAGCAACCGAUGCGAUGGGGUGGAGCAGUCUACUCAUAACGGCUGCGUUGUCGUUAUUUGUGAUUUGCGGAUUAAUCGAUGCCAUUAACGCUCAGCGAGGAUCGGUACGGUUUAAUCAACGACCAUCUUCUUCGGCGUCCGUACCGUUCUCCUCAUCGUCUUCAGCAGCCGUGUUUCCGAGAUCAUGGGCAGAUGACGACACAGCGCUGCUGGUCAGCGAGGAAAAUUUUAGUCGAAGUGAGACUCCGUCUUUUAGGCGGCGCAUAUCCACUCCGCAGACCUCAGCUGCUGCUUUGCAAUCGACGACGGCUAAGAGCAACGCUCGAAGAAGGUCGAGACCCACUGUGCAAGCGCAAAGUCGCUCCUCGGACGUAACUAGUGGGGAGGUAAUCACUUCGCGACGAACAACGAAGGAACAGCCAGCAUCUAGCUUGCGAAGUGAAGUUGUCUACCAGAACACCUUUUCCAGUAGUACGGAUAGAUCGUCUGAAGAGCGAAACAGGAGAAAAGGUAGACAGAGAGGAUUCCGUAAAGAAGUCGUGCAAAGUAGCACCGUUAGCAGUAGUAGCAGUAUAACGGUCUCUAAUAGAAGGUCAGAAAAGACGCUUAACAGGUUGACUGGUCAGGAAGAAGGAAAGAGCUCUAGCGAGAAGGAAACCCUAGCAAGGACGCCGCUAAGGAGCCUUGAAGGUCGUGCUAGGGGUUCAGUAAAGGCUCUUCCAAGUGUGCCAGUCGAAGAGGUCGAUUCGGAAGAAAAUUAUCCAGAGCAAUUCAAAAAAUUGUUAAGGGCAAAACUUCAGGAAGGAAAGGUUAAGAAUGUCUAUCCAAAUGUGCUGGAAGUGUCUACUGUUAAAGGUAAUGCUAAGAGCAGAGAACUUGACGAAUUACCACGGUUUAAAGUGAAAGUGCAAAGCCCAACUACUUCCGAAGCAUCGACGACAGUGAAACAUAUAACGCCGCGUCCUAUCAGGAAACUCGAAAUUCCAUCAACAACUGCAGAAACUGCUGCAGUUCCAGUUCCGGACAAACCUGUAACAAUUUCACCGAGAAGGCAAAGCCCAGGCCGCUCCAGAUUGUCUUCAUCAUCUACUACUACUACUACUACUACUACUACGACAGAAUCUCAAUUCGAAACUACAACUCCUAAACUAUCAAGAGCAUUUUCGCGUAAACCAAGCGUCGUCAGCUUAUUAACAUCCACAACUACAGUGGCGCCAACAACUACAAGAAAGCCGUAUUAUCCUGCCAGCAGAAGUCCGGUAACGGUUAAAAGAACAUUCUCGACAACAACCGAAGCCACAGGUGCGAAGGAUCCGGUCGAGCAAAUUGCGCCUAAGCAAACAUCCAGCGACAAUGGUUUUGUAAUAGCAUCGCUGCGUAAUCCAGCUCCGUUCCGAUCGGCUCUGAAGAAAAACCGUAAACAACCAACCGCAUCCGACUACAGCGGCAACGACCUUAAACCAAUAAUAAUCCCAUCACGAUCCAAGGCGCCCCCUUCUCUCAGUGCACUGAAGCGUUCGCAAUCAUCCUCGGCCGCCCGGGUGGGGACUCGAUUGGAGUCCAGUCUGAAGAAGGCCCCCGUUUACACGCCGACCGUACCGACCUUUACCGCACCCUCGACGACGGCGAAGGUUAAACUUGAUGGCCACUUUUUGCUAACGACUGCUAAUGCUUCCACCGCCUACACCACCUCCACCAACAGCACCUUACCUUCCAGUACGGCAUUACUUGCUAACGAAAUAGAUGGAGCAGAUACCGUGGAAGGCAGAGGCGCAUUCCACGGCGAAAACCUCGACUACAACGAGGAACCCAAACUUAAUCCGAGUGGAAGCGACCUAGCGGUGGAACCAGUGGCUUCCCGGCUGACCCAGAGUCGUAUCGACGUUGACACAUCCAAUCUGUCGCCAGCGGUGACUGUGUCGAUUUUUAGCGCCCUGUCCGAGAUCCUUUCGCAGCCAACAGAAAGUUUACAAUUUUUGUCUUCUAGCACCGAUGCACCGCUACCUUCUACUUCUUCUAGCACAUCUACUUCGACGACAACUACGACCACAACCACCACCACUACCACUACUACCUCUACCACCACCACCACCACCACCACAACCACCACUCCUAAGCCAAGCACUUUGCGAAAGCCCACGGUCAAGGUAUCUGAAAUUGGUAGUAGUAAUGAUAACACCAUCGCAAUGUUUGUAAAUAAUAGCGACCCAUCGGAGUCUACUACUACUGUUGUAAAUAUUGUUUUACCCGUUGGGUCCACUAGCAUCCCGAUCAAAACGGCGGUGGUGGACAAUGUACCCCCCGAAACGAGCGCAAUACCCGAACCGGGCGAUUUCAUUAACCAAAUUGAUGCUGACGGUGCUUUUCGGUCGCAGACCGUGGAUGACGAAGAUGAUCUGAUCCCAACCACUUUGAACUCCUUGAAACAUUCCGCCAAAAUAAACGCUAAUAACGAUCCCUUGUUAUUGCAUGACGUUUCUCCCAUCCGCCAGACCCACAAACCUCCCAGUACAACUGCCACUGUAACUACGGUUACGGUUGAGGAUCCUACCACCCUGACCAGCACCGAGAGCAUGCCUACAAAGUUUCCAACUAAUCCGUUACUAACAGAAAGCGCUGAUUUCGCGACCUAUUCUACCACGAUUCCCGCUCCUCUAACGACUACAGUACAGACUACCACGGUGCCUCCGUUGUCCGAACUGGAAACUCGCCAUUCAACCUCACAAUCAUUACAGUUCACUACUACGCCGUUGGAUGAGUUUGAAAAUACUUUCAUGCCUACCACUGCACCUAGAUUCAUUGAUGCUACUAGCUUCACCACUGCCAUCACCACUACUGCUACUAGUGCUCUGCUCUCGGACGACUCACAUACGGAGUCCGAUCUGAACCUUCUCGCUUCUACUAACGUUACUAAAUCAUCACUGACGCACACCGAACAUCCGACGAGUACCGCAACCGCAUCACCUACGACAACCGAGUCGGAUCCGACGACCAUCACCGCGAUCGUGACAUCGGCACCGAUGACCGUAAGUAGGACCACAAACCCGUUACGAAAUUGCUCCGAUAUUAUGACUCCUCAGUCUCCCUAUAUUGUAACACCCAUUAUCCGAGUACUCACACCUAAAAAACCCCUUGAGUACUACCCAAGAUUUCAAAUUCGUCCUCCUGUCUUCGGGGUUGCUCAGAGUCCCACCACCACCAGCACCAGCACCAGCACUUCUCCCACAUCUACUACUACUACUAGUACUACCAGCACUACCAGGCGGCCUGUACCGGUUGUCAGCACAGCGAGCAGCACACGCUACACCGCUCAACUAACCACGCCAAGGCCAAGAUCGCGUGGAAUAGUAGUCUACGGAAUCCUCCCGAAUAAUACCGUUAUCCGGCGGAUUAUCGGCGCCGAGAACGAGUCCCCGUCGACUACGGAGAACCCCCGAGUUGUCUUCGGCAUCUAUCCGAACGGCACGGUCGUCCGCCGGUACCCGAACGGUACCAUUGUGCCGGAUCGUCCUGCCCGACGGGAGCGAGUCGAGAUAACUGACAUUGAUCCGCGUGAACUACGCAAUCCGAACAGUGCGAUCUAUCGGGAAAGUGCCACACACACGGUCGCACCAGUAACUAGUACAACUCCUGCCGAAACUACCAGCGCCAUUUCUACAGCUACAAUCACCACUACUAGCUCCCCAACUAGUACUACUACCAUUUCGAAUGAUGCUACGGGGACGACGGCGAUCAUUGCGAUUCUGAGAAAGUAUAACGAGGAAAACCAGCUGGACACCAAGGUCAAAUCGGAUGCCGUCUUUAGCCUGGCCGUGAAUCGUGGCAAAAAGGUAGAUAGGCCGGCAAAACCGACGGCUGGUGGCGAUAUCUCGGUGGUUAAAGCUAACGAUGAGGUACGCGUUGCUCGGCCGGAUGCUCCGGAUUUGAUAUACCGGUGGGCACCAACGUCGUCGAGCAGUUCGGAGCCAACAACACCAGCCGUUUUCACAACGGAUGAAGCCGUUAUAGCCGACAAUACGGUUCCUGAUAAUAUAGUGGAAUUUAAAAGCACUUCUAUUCAGCCUACUGACCCGAACUUGAGCAGAGUUGUGUCGUCGACGGUUUCUGGUGACGUGGGUGUGCGUAUUUCUGGAGAUUUGGAAACCAUAAACAAGCAAAUGGCGGAUUUAGAGCUUAACAACUUCAUAACUUCUACGAUACUUUCGGUUUCUGAGGAGCCUAGCACUACUAGUACCAGAGCACCUUCCACUUCUCCACCGACUACUACCACUUCCACUACAACGACGACUACCACUGAGAAACCCACCACAACCACAACCACAACUACUCAGCCUCCGCCUCCUAGUACUACUACCACAACAACAACCUCUACUAGUACUACACAAGCUCCUGUCACGACUACAGUCCAACAAACUCCGAAACCCAAUUCAAAAGUACAGGAUGAUCAUUUGGAGACGAAUUUUAGAUUGCUUCAAUUGUACGUGGAAGCUAAUCAGAAAGAUAUCGCCGCAACCAAGGCGGUAACUUUCCCCACAACCGUUCUUCAGAGUUCUUCUAGAAUAAUAACCGAACCUAGAACGACCACGCCGAGUACAACAUCUACAACUACAACGACUACGCCUAGAUCAACUACCACCACAACCACACGAGCAACCACACGAACAUCGCCUAAACCCAAACAGAACGACAACAGUCGUUUUAACCUCAACUCACUGUUCGCACCAACUACGCAGCGAACUCGUACCAGCACCUACUCGGAUGCGGAUGAUCUAGCCUUUUUGCGACAACUCGCCAAUUUCCUGAACGGUGGUCAAACAACCAGAAGAACAACGAAAAAACCAACGACUAAAAAAACAACCACAACAACAAGUACAACAAGUACUACGACUACCACGACCACAACAACGGAAACACCUACUACCACUACUACACCUUCUACCACAACUAUGCGCCGUCCAUCAACGGGCAUUCCGUUGAGCACGGUUAUUGUCGAAAAUGAUGACGCAGAUUUCUUGAAUGAUGUGCGUAAACUACCCAACUUCGCCACUCCAAACCCGCUAGUGGAUAGCUCUCUGGCGAACAGAAUUCUACAGCUGGCUAUCAACCGGGACCCCAAAAGCAUAUCGCUCAACAAUCAGCUGAAUGUACUGCCGACAACUACUACGCUGUCACCUCAGGAGAUCGAGAACACGAAAAAGCAGCUCAACAAGGAGCUUCAAAACUACAACAACGAUAUCCGAUUGUUAUCCACCCUGCUCGGCAGGCCUAUCACCAGCAAUGACAUUCCGGAGCUAACCAAACGUUUAACCACGACUACGCUAAAACCAUCAACCCCUAGAGCUACAACAACGAUGACAACAACGACGUCAACAACCACAACGCAGCAACCUCCGCUGAACCCUGUUCUUUUGCAGGCUCUAUUACUGAAACAACAGCAGCAGCACAACUCUAGUCCCGCUGCCGUGGAAAAUGUUGCGAGCACCUACGGAAAGACCAACGAAGCCAUUCUAGCGUCCGUGCUGAAGCAACGCGGCAUCGGUCCGACGAACACCAACGCCAAUCUGGAGGAAAUUCUGGCGAAGAUAUCCCCGCGCACCGGAACGGCCACCGUGCUACCCAUCAUAACUACCACCACUUCUAGGCCGAGACCCCGGACUGCUAGACCGCCAGUGGCGUUACCCCCACUACAGUCCUCGCGGCCCAUUCUCGACGGGCUGACGUGGCUGUGGCGGGAAUGGCAAGCAACUGCUCCGCAACCUCGCCAGCGGCUACCCGGAUCGUCGCUGAUUGCAUCGCCGCCUCCUUCGGAAGCGUUCAGUUUGAGUGCCGGAGGUCGAGUGCCAUCGCAGUCGCAAGCCUACCGGGACGAGGGUCUCGAUCCGGAUGCGAAACCGAUCAAUCCCAGUGUCACGGAAGAGCCGCCUUCGCUGUUCGGUGGAUUAGGUGCCAUUAACCCUGGAGGUCAGCUGCUCAACGCGGCCAUCGGUGUGACACGAGCCGUUUCGCAGUUUCUCGGAGUGGCGCUGCAGGGUGCAGCAAAAAGUUUUUCGCAGGCCUUCACCAACCCUAGCCCGGAUUUGGAUGAUCUUAGCUAUUAUCGGUUAAGCGGUUGAUAGGGAUUACAUCCCUGUCGGUUUCGAAACAAAAAAAAAAAAAAACAUCUGAAAGCAGGAAUACGGGAAGCAAGUCAUUUUAGGUAGACGAUAGAAUUGAGUUUUGCUCAAAGUGAGGGUUCGCUGAGGCAAACCGGUGAGACAGCGAGAUUGACUCAGUGAUUGCGUCUGUGUGUGUGUGUGAAUGAGUGAAUGAAUGCGUCACUGCAGAACGGGGUCAAGUCCUAUAGAUGAGGUGUACUGAUAAGACUGUGAAGCAUAUGAUUAGUAUCUAUUUAUUUUUAUUUGUGGCCGUUUGCUAAUUUUAUACUCUUUGAUUUUUCCUGCAAUGCCUAUAUUUUAAAGCGCCAACCUGCAACGUGAUAUUCGUUUUCAAGCAGAGAAAAGAUGUUUGUCAUAUAUAGAGCUUAGUGAGGAAAUUUUAACGGUCAAAUACUCUCGAACGAAUUUUAUACGGACUCGCACAUUGUUUAUUUUUGCUAGUGAUUGUGCCAUUUUCCGAGCGGAUCGGCUAAAGAGGCACGCUGUCUGGUAGCUCGUUGUUACACGAUAGCAGAGGAAGAAUAGUUGAACGAAAUGAGCGCAACGUCCGAUAGGCUUAGCCAAUUAGCGGGGUGCGAUGUUUUACGUUUUCACAAAAUUGAUAUGUAAAGUAACAGAAAAAAAUCAAUAGCUGUGUAAAUAAAUCGCAAUUGAAUGAGAA